UGAAAGGCUAAGAAGUCUCUCUUGUUGGUAAGUAUUUCUAGUCUUUCCUUCACUAUUUAGAAUAUUAUUUUAUUAUUGGUGUUCUUGGUAUUUUUGGUGUUCAUGGAAUAAUGUAUUAUUCAUAAUCUUAGGUGUGUAGUGUUUGUAUGCUUUGAUUCGAAUUUGUAACAAAUAAUGUGGUUUUUGUGUUUUGAACUUAUCCAUGACUUUCAAAGUAUGACCAUAGAAAUUUUGUAUAAAAGUAACAAGAAUUUUUUGAUGAGCAUAGUGGGUGUGGUAUGACCGUAGAAUUUUGUAUGAGCUUGAUGCAUAAUACGUCCACUAAAAUUUUAAUAAAAGCAUGAUGCGUAGCAUGGAUGUAAUGUUUUUAUAUGACGCGUAGUAUGAUCGUUGGAUAUCAUAGCAUAUAUAUGUUUUGAGUUUUCAUAGAUCAUUAAAUUUUGUCUAGUGUUUGUGACCAUACUCUUGUUGAGUGGUGAGAUGGGAUCUUGGGAAAGUGCGACUUCACCAUUAAUGAUUGGGGUUCCUUCUUCUACAGAAGGAGGAUCUCAUUCAAUGUUGGAUAGUGAUGAAGAUAUUCCUAAUGCUCAACCAUUACCUCAAGUCACUUUGGUUGACAGUGAUGAUGAGGGGGAAGUUUUUGAUGAGAAUGUAUGUAAGAUUGAUGGAGAGCCUCGAGCUCUUGAGUAUGCGAUAAUGGUACAUGAUUAUGAGGGUGACAAGAAUGAGUAUGUCGGGCGGUCCCUUCACUUUUUGAGGGACAACCCGAGGUCUAGUAUGACUAAGGGUGAUAUCCUACGCAUGCGACAUCAAUAUGAGAUUCAUUCUUCUAUACAAAUGCGACUUCCAACUAUCGCUGAGCGUCCCGAUUGGGAUAGUGGCGAUUGGGUUUGUAUGUAUGAAUUUCCUUUUAGGAUUGGCUUUCGAUUCCCUUUCCCUCCAUUUGUACAAGAAGUAUUGGACUAUUAUGAGGUAGCUCCUAGCCAACUUAUGCCAAAUGCUUGGAGGUUAUUGUUGGGUAUAGAAGUCAUAGUUAGAGUGAAGGGUAAGAGGGUUGACCUUGUAGAUUUUCAGUCAAGUUAUUAUCUUAAACAACACGAUACAGAUAAGGGUCGAUUUCUAUUCACUCUUAGAGCGAACAAAAAAGCUUGGGUAACGGAGCUGGUUCCGAGCAACAAGAGGGGUUGGAGGAAGAAAUAUUGUUUUGUCAAAGGUGACCUGUUUGGAACGAGUGAUUAUGAGGUUCCUACUUCAUGGAGAACCUUAAGUAAGGGGCUCACUCGAUGUCCUCGAGGGGGGUAUUGGUCCGAAGCUCGAGUUAACGACUUGCUCUCUAUUCCUUCCGAUCAAAGAGCCCAUAACAAGCUUCUUGUUUUGGAUAAAUCUUGUGUUGGAAAUUUGUGGAGAGGUGCGCAACGUCAAGAAGACCGUUAUUAUAAGAGGAUGACUUUCAAGGUUUGUGGAGCGGAUGAUGCUGUCGCUAGGGGUAAGACUAAUUUACUUGGAAAGAGGUCUAAGAAGACCACAAGUCAUGUUGUGAAACCUCGAGUUCCUGCUAAGGAACAUGGAACCGGUAGCUCUCAGUUGACAGCUAAUGGUGUGGUUGCGGCUUCUCCACUAAGGGGUGACAACGAGUUGUCUAUUGAGGAGAGUAUGAUCAACCUGUCCAUCUCUUCCAACAUUUCGGCCUACUCUGACCCUGCUUCUAUCGAAGGUCAUGUUGAGGCUCUUCUUCAUCCGAGAGAUGAAGAGCGUUUGAGGGGCAUCGGAGUUGCUGGGCGAGCGAAUUACGGUGUUUCUACGAUUUACCAAGCUAUUCAAGCAGCCCUCUACUUAAGGCGUGACACAAUUUCGCUUGAUCAAAAGAACAGAGCUUUGAACAAGGAGCAUUCUAGACUUAGAAAGGAAGUGGAGAACUUGAAACUGGAAGGAGAGACUACCAAAUCAUCAUAUGACAAGCUAAAACAGGAUUAUUCCUCGUUGAAUACUGAGUUGGAGCGUGUGCGUGCCAAACUCAAGGAGGAGGAGGCUAAGUAUGUCGCAUUGUACCAGGAGGUUGAUGAUAUUUCACUCAAGACUGCCAUCAAGACAAGGGGGGAGUUGAUGAUACAGUAUAAGAAAGGGCUCCAUCGUGGAUGGGACGUCGAUGGUGCUAUUGCACUUCAUGAAGAAUAUUUGGCUCUUGAGCAAGAGAAUGAAAUGGAUGUUGACGCUCAUAUCUCUGUGUUUGAUGAAGGCGCUGAUGCUCAUACCUCUGUCCCUAGUAUGGGUGUCGACGCUCAUACUUCUGUUUCUGGUGGGAGUGGCAUUGACGAUGUGAUGUUCUCCAUUGCUGAAGAUGGUACCAUUGCUCCAUAGUGGGUCUUUUAUUUAAACUUUAGGUCCAAUUUGUUUAAAGUAUGAACAUCGCCAUUGUGGCAUUAAGUAUGUAUGCUUAACGAUCCUUUUGAUGUGCGGACAUCCUCUUAAUGAUGACCCUUUUGAAUUUUAUGAUGCUUUGAUGUAUGAACGUUGCUUUUGCGGUGGUGUGACUUAUUAUCUUAAUUUGGUAUUAAUAUUCUUCA